UUUACGAACUUCUGAAUCUGAUCAGGGAUUGACACAUUUUCAAUAUUCAGAGAGGAUUUGUUCCAGAAAGGAAAAGUGCUGGUGUCCUAGCUGUUUUUAUGGAGAGCUGGGCUGGAUGCAGAGUUCAGAUGUAGAAAAUCCUUGAUGAUGAUGAUGAUGAAGACCAUGUUGCUGCUAAUCUCAGUACUCCUAAUUCAGGCUCUUCAGUCCCAGGGCAGACCGGCAACCCAAGAUGAGAUGUUAGCCCUGGUCGAGCUGACGCCGUACACUUUGUAUCCGGGGGACAAACUGGAGCUGAGCUGUAAAGGUAUCGAGGAGAUACAGGAAGUGACCUGGACUAAGGACCACGUUCCCCUGGUUGACGGAGAGCACACCCGCCUGCGCAACCAUCAGAUGGAGAUUGAAAGAGUAGAGCCGGCCGACUCUGGUCUGUAUGCUUGCUUUGCUCAGGGACCCAACAGCAACCAUACAGAUUUCUUCAAUGUCAACGUUACAGAUGGAUUGGCUUCCUCAGAAGACGAUGAAGAAGAUGAGUCUUCCUCAGAGGAGGCCAAGCUAUCAAGUGACCAGAAACUGCUUCCAAUGGCACCUGUCUGGGCUCAGCCUGAUCAGAUGGAGAAGAAGCUCCACGCUGUUCCCGCCAGCAAAACCGUCAAAUUCCGUUGCCGGGCCAAUGGUAACCCUACACCAACACUCAAAUGGCUCAAGAACGGCAAAGAGUUUAAGAAAGACCAGCGAAUAGGAGGCUAUAAGGUUCGAGAGCGCAUGUGGACCAUCAUAAUGGAGUCGGUGGUACCGUCAGACAAAGGCAACUACACCUGUCUGGUGGAAAACAAAUACGGCAGCAUCAAUCACACCUACCAGCUGGACGUAGUCGAGCGUUCACCGCACAGGCCGAUUCUUCAGGCGGGGUUGCCUGCUAACCGUACAGUAGUGGUGGGGAGUGACGUGGAGUUUGAAUGUAAAGUCUUCAGCGAUCCUCAGCCACACAUCCAGUGGCUGAAGCACAUCGUGGUCAACGGAAGUAGAUUUGGCCCUGAUGGACUGCCAUAUGUUCGGAUCUUAAAGACGGCAGGCAUCAACACCACGGAUAAGGAGAUGGAGGUACUGCAGAUCAGGAAUGUGUCUUUAGAGGACGCUGGAGAGUACACCUGCUUGGCUGGAAACUCUAUCGGCCACUCCCAUCACUCUGCAUGGUUGACUGUCUAUAAAGCCGUUCCCCCAACUCAACUGCCAAACCAGACCUAUUUGGAGGUGCUGAUCUACUGCGUGGGCUUCUUCCUCAUCUGUGUGAUGGUGGUGACCGCCGUGCUGGCCAAAAUGCACAGCUCAGCCAAGAAAAGCGACUUCAACAGCCAGCUGGCUGUCCACAAGCUGGCCAAGAGCAUCCCGCUGCGCAGACAGGUGUCUGUGGACUCCAGCUCAUCUAUGCACUCGGGUAGGAUGCUGGUCCGGCCCUCGCGUCUGUCCUCCAGUGGCUCCCCUAUGCUGUCAGGGGUCUCCGAAUAUGAACUGCCCCAGGACCCACGCUGGGAGGUGGCCAGAGACAGGCUGGUUCUCGGGAAGCCGCUUGGCGAGGGCUGCUUUGGGCAGGUGAUGAUGGCCGAGGCUAUCGGGAUGGAUAAAGACAAACCCAGUCGUAUCACCAAAGUGGCUGUCAAGAUGCUCAAAUCUUUCGCCUCUCUCAAGGACCUGUCAGACCUCAUCUCCGAGAUGGAAAUGAUGAAGAUUAUUGGCAAACACAAGAACAUCAUCAACUUACUGGGGGCCUGCACACAAGAUGGUCCUCUCUACGUCAUUGUGGAGUUUGCUUCAAAGGGCAAUCUGAGGGAGUAUCUGCGUGUGCGUCGUCCGCUUGGGAUGGAGUACUGCUACAACCCUGACCAGGUGCCUGUGGAGAACAUGUCAAUCAAAGACCUGGUGUCCUGCGCUUACCAGGUGGCACGUGGCAUGGAAUACCUCGCAUCCAAGAAGUGUAUUCAUAGAGACUUGGCUGCCCGUAAUGUCCUGGUAACUGAAGAUAACGUUAUGAAGAUAGCAGACUUCGGCCUGGCCAGAGACAUCCAUCAUAUUGAUUACUACAAGAAGACCACCAAUGGUCGUUUACCAGUGAAAUGGAUGGCGCCUGAAGCUCUGUUCGACCGCAUUUACACCCAUCAGUGUGACGUGUGGUCUUUUGGGGUGUUGCUGUGGGAGAUCUUUACUCUUGGCGGCUCACCGUAUCCAGGUGUCCCUGUCGAGGAGCUCUUUAAACUGCUAAAGGAGGGCCACCGCAUGGACCGCCCCUCCACGUGUACCCACGAACUGUAUAUGAUGAUGAGAGAUUGCUGGCAUGCCGUCCCAUCUCAGAGACCCACGUUCAAACAUCUGGUGGAGGAUCUAGACCGCACCCUCUCUAUGACGUCCAAUCAGGAGUAUCUGGACCUGUCUGUGUCUCUGGACCAGUUUUCUCCAAAUUUCCCCGACACACGCAGUUCUACGUGCUCUUCCGGUGAAGACUCUGUGUUCUCCCAUGACCCCGGUGCUGAUGAGCCCUGCCUGCCCAAAUUCCCCCCUCAUCCCAACCGCGGAGUGGCAUUUAAAAAGCGCUGAGUUCACUCACAUUCAGUUCCUCUCCAGUGUGCUACCCGGCUAGACCCAUGAACUCUAGGAGACAAUGCUUUGCCACAUAGCACACUACAGAGCGGCCAAGAGCUGAAGAGCUCGGCAUGGACUUCACAUAAUGAGACGCUAGAUUCACACAGCUGGAAGAGGACAAACUGGGCCUUCACUGACCCCAUUACCUGUUGUUGCUAUAAAGCUACAGGGCACUUGAGCAGAAAUGGUACACGUGUGUUUCUCAAGACUCGUCAAUAUGAAAUAUCCUCCUGCCAUCUGUAGUAGAGCAAGCCUUGAAGACAUUACCGUCAUCGAAUGAGGAACAGCUUGAUGGAUGCUGGGAGUGUUUAUAUAAUAACAAAGACCUUUCUUUUGACCAAAUUCGUAAGAAAAUGUAUUCCACUAAAUGCUCUGCCCGAAUGUAUUUUAACAACGGGCACACAGUUUAUCUGACUGACAGCCUUUCUUGUAAAUACAUCUAGAAAUGUAUAAAUAUGAAUAUAUAUUUACACUCUACCCUUAUUUUGAUUAUACUAUUUGAAUUGUGUUGCUUUUUGUACCAGGAUGCGUUUAUGUAGAACUUUUUGAAGUGUAGCUUUUUUUUUUAAAGGGACAGUGAAAAACGUCCAUGAGAAUUGUAGAUUAAAUUAUAUUAUUAAGAGCUGAUAGAUGGCCAGUUUUGUCACUAAAUGUUGUUGUCCUCUAUCGUUGAUGCAGCUUGGCAGAAGUGGCUCAGAACUGCUGCUAUCUUCCUGAUGGUACUCAGUACAGCGUCAGACUUCAGCUAUAAUAUA